GCUAGUCGAGUGUUCAGUCGGUGUCCGCCAGGUAGAAAAUCCGUCGGCUUCUCCUGGCUCUGUCCGCGUCUUCCACGACUAGUGCACGUCAAGGCACCUGUACCAACAAAACCAACAGAUCCCACGUUGCGAUAGACUUCGCAAUAGUUAUCAUCGUCAUCGGUUCACAACCGACGGCAGUUCGGUUCCCCAUGGAGCCGGUGUAAAGUUAACCUAAGAAAACGGGUGCGGCUUUUGUUUCUUGAGUUUCUCGAGGUUAAGUCGGCAAUGAUCGCGCGAUUUCCUUCUUCAUUUGAAAAGCACUGAGUUGCUGUCUCUCAGGUGGCUCACGCGCUUACUCACGGGUUAAGAGUACAAAAAAUACUCGGUCGGAUCGUACGAAAGACUCUGGUACGUACCGGCUACGAUAACUACGCGAAUGAGAAGCUUGGUGUAUGUGAUAACUGUGUUGUGACUGUGAAGAACGACGAAAUGUUGCCGAUACGCUGAAACUAUUGCUAUGGAUCGUUUCUUCGUGGACGUGCCGGUAGCAUCGAUCACUUUGCAAUAAACAGUAUUGAAAAUGGCUCGGAUUACGAUCUGGUGGCUGUUGCACAUUCUAAGCGUGUCUUUGCUUCCGCAACUCGUCGUAUCCAAAGCGGGUCUGUGCGAGGUCGAGACUGGCCAAUCGAAUAUCAUCGUCGAUAUCGAAGAGAGCAAAGGGGAUGCCAUCGAUCAGAAGACUGUACCCAGCGAACUUCCGGUCUCGGGAGAUCCGUUCAAUGAGACCACUUUGGAGUUGAUAUUUUCCGGGAGGAAACCGAUCUUCACCCUCGAAGGAAAGAAGCUCAAGCUUUUAGAACCACUAGACAGGGACGACGCGAAUCUGUCCCACAUUAUAUUCCAGCUCACGUGCACGAUCAAAUCUUCGAACAAGAAGAGGAACAUUCCGGUGAUUGUGAGGGUAUCCGAUAUCAAUGAUAACGCGCCGAUAUUCAUUAACACGCCAUACGAAACUACUGUGCCGGAGCUAACCCCGGUCGGCUCGACUAUCUUCAAGAACAUCGUGGCCGUCGACGCGGAUGCUGGAGUCAAUGGACUUGUGGAAUACUCGAUAGCGCCAGGCGAUGGCAAAGGGAUUGGCAACAGUGAUGGCGUCGGUCGGGAUCGUAUUACGACCGCCGAUGGAUACGGUUACUUCAGCAUCAACCUGCCUCAUCAGGGCCAGGUUACCGUCAAUCGUACUCUGGAUUAUGAAAAGACCCAGCGUUACCUGGUGACCAUUCUCGCAUCGGAUCGAGCUAGGAACGUGUCCGAGAGGUUCACGUCGACGACUACGCUGACUGUCAAUAUAAGGGAUGACGAUGAUCAGGAUCCCUCAUUCAUUUAUCAGGGAUGCAUGCUACUCGAUGGCGCCUGCAUUAAUCCCGAAUACUCAGCAUCCGUGUCUAGCGGUGUUCUCUCGGGCAUACUCAAUAUAUCGCCUGAGAAGAUACAAGCUGUAGACAUGGAUAGUAUCAAUGCACCGAUACAUUAUUCCUUCCUGAGUGGAGUUCCGUCGAAUUAUCGAGAUUUCUUUGAAAUCAAUCCAAACACCGGUGCCGUCAAACAGAUAAAAGCGGUGGAUACGACGGCCACGAAAAAAUUCGACAUCAUCAUUAAGGCAGUCGAAGUUUCCGAGGCUCGACGAUCGGCCACUGCUAAAUUGACUAUCACUGUUAAACCGGUAGACAGUAAUCCACCUGUUAUUAGCGCAUCUGCUGUCGAGGGAUUUGUCGAUGAAAAUGCACCCGUCGGGACCAAAGUCAUUGAUGGAAAUGGAAAUCCGAUAGUUUUGACUGUAUCUGAUGCAGAUUUGGGACCGGAAGACCCAAAGCCAACCUACACCUUUGAGCUGACGACAAAUUUCUUCGCUAUCGAUUCAUCCGGCGUUCUCAUAGUCAACGAAGAGAAUCUCGACCGGGAUCCACCGAGUCCUGGUCGCUUCCGCUUCCAGGUUGUCGCACGAGAGAAAACGGGCGUCGCCGCCUCUUCGCCGUUGUCGUUCGUCGUCACGUUGAAUGACGUUAAUGACAAUGCGCCGCUGCUGCCAAUGACUGCUCCCAUCACGGUGCAGGCCGGCGAUACCAAGAGGGAAGUAAUUAAGGUUCAAGCGACUGACAACGACGAGGGUGAAAAUGCGGAAAUAACGUACAGCAUUUAUCACGUGUCCAACAAUGGGCAACAAAAAUUCAAAAUCGAUCCCAAAAGCGGCGUCAUUGAUUCCAUUGGGAAAUUAAAUGCCGGCGAGCAGUACAGCAUAACGGUGCAGGCUACGGAUAACGGUGGAAAAUAUUCUCAAACGAUCGUCGAGGUCAACGUCAUACCCGGACCCAACACCAGGAGUCCCGUGUUCCAGCAGCCGGUGUACGAGGUGCAAGUAAGCGAGGGUGCAUCGAUCAACUCGACCGUCGCGACCAUCACGGCCGUCGACCCCGAGAACGACCCCGUGUCUUACUCAAUCACAUCUGGAAAUGACUUAAGGCAGUUCGCAAUCGGCGACAAGUCAGGCGUCAUUACCGUUAUAAGGAAGUUGGACAGAGAAGACUUGACGCGAUAUCAGUUGCUGAUAAAGGCCGAGGAUACCGGCGGCCUCUCCAGCACGGCCACUGUCAAUAUUAAAGUGACCGACAUCAACGAUAAGAAUCCAGAAUUCGAACGACUUCCCUACGAGUUUUCCGUAAAGGAAGGCGAAGCCAGAAAGCUUAUUGGUCACGUGCACGCGGAGGAUGCCGACGAAGGUAUAAAUGCGGAAAUAACGUAUUUCGCGCCCGAAGACAUUCCGUUUACGGUCGAUCCAGAAACUGGAGACGUACUCACCAAGAUAGCCUUGGAUUACGAGCAGAAUCACGAAUACAAGUUCGUCGUAACGGCAAGAGAUGGCGCACCCGAUCCGCGCCUGGCAACGGCCACCGUGACAGUGAGGGUGAUCGACGUGGAGGACGAAGUACCGGUCUUUCAUCAGAGCACGUACGAGGCAAAAGUCAAAGAAAAUGUUCCCGAUCAUUUCGUGACUCAAGUAGUGGCCGAUGAUCCGGAUACGAAGAAGCAAAUUACGUACGUGAUUAAGCAGGGCGAUACUGACCUCUUCGUUAUAGACCCCAAGACGGGAAUCAUCAAGACCGUCAGGGGUUUGGAUUACGAAAGAGACAGUCAACAUGUCCUCAUCGUCGGAACUUUGGAGAACACCAGCGAUCUUCCAGGCUCCACUACACGCGUUGUCGUUAAUGUUCAGGAUGUAAAUGAUAUUCCACCUGUAUUCACGGCUGUACCCCGACCAAUCACCCUGGACGACGACGCUCCCAUUGGAACGACUGUAAUUAAUUUAGUAGCCGCCGAUUCGGACGGAACAGCACCCGGAAAUCAGGUACGAUACGAGAUCAUUGGACGGGGUAUCGGUAGCAAAUACUUCAUGAUCGAUCCCGAUACCGGAAUACUCAGGGUUCGCGAUGAUCUACGUAAAGAGACAGACUCGGAGUAUCAGAUCGACGUAAGAGCUUACGAUCUUGGAGAACCUCAACUGUCGUCAGUGACGACCGUGCCGAUUUACGUGCGUCACGUAGCUACGGUCCCACCGGAAAUCGGCUUGGGCUUCGCAGAAGAUUCGUACAACGUUGAAAUUCCGGAGGAUGCCACCGAUAACACUCUUAUAAAGACCUUAACGAUCAUCAACAGCCAUACCCACGACGCUACGCCCUUGAAAUGCGAGAUCUAUAGCGGCAACGAGGAUGGGCUCUUCGAGGCUAAUAUCACGGAGGAACGUAAUUGCGCUCUGAGGCUGAAGAAGGGUGCACUCGACUACGAGACCACGGAAUCUUAUCAGAUAAAGAUCAGAUUGGAAUCGCUUUCCGGACUUCUGAACUCCGACAGGAACACGACAAUGGUAAAGAUUCAAGUAAUGGACGUUAACGACAAUAAACCGGAAUUCAUAUUUCCGGAAUCGAGUCGAGAUUUGACGAAGGGACGUUACUUCGCCUCCAUUCCCAAAUCCGCACAGUUCGCCUCGACGGUAAUUCAAGUGAAGGCGCAGGACAGGGACAAUGGAAAAUUCGGAAAGCUAGAAUACAAGAUACUCGACGGCCAAGGAUCGGAUUACUUCACGAUCGACAGUUUCACGGGAAUCAUCAGGACGUCAACCACCUUCGACAACGUCGACAGGCGCGAGCUGCCGUUCAAGUUCAACGUUCAAGUUCGCGACAAUCCAAAUUCGACGAUCAAUUCGAACGCCGUCGAGGCGCCGGUUAUUCUCAAUCUAAUCGCCGAGGAGAAUCUCUUGGUGAUGGCCAUACUGGACGCGCCGCCCGAUACCUUGCAGAAGGAGGCUCUGAGGAUCGCUCGGACCGUAGAAGAGAAAACGGGGCUGCUGAUCGGGAUCGAUAGGAUCACCGUGCGCAAGACUUUAACGAAAAACGGAACGGUCGAAACUUUUCCACAGGAUUCGGACGUUUGGUUUUACGCUGUUGAUCCCGAUACGGAAACUAUCCUGGAUAGAAACAGUACCAGAUUGCAAAAAGCAAUUUUGGAAAAGCAGGCAAUGUCGAACAUAACCUUCGACGUGUCCACUUUGGUGAGAGCCAAUGCGGUCGACAUACACGCACCGGUGAUGACGCCGGAACAGGUGCGCACGCAGACUGCCGUGGCUUUCAGCGGCGAAGUUUUCCCGUACGCUCUGAUCAUCAUCGCUUGCGUAAUACUGAUCCUGGGUAUCGCUGGAAUCAUCUACAUCUGCGUCUCCUGGUCUAGAUAUAAAGCGUACAAGGACCGUAUGCAGCGUAUGUACGUGGUGCCGCGUUACGAUCCAGUUUACGUGGAGCCAAACUUGAAGGAGUACGAGACGCAGGUUUUGCAAAUGAGUGUACCGGUCGACGAUAACGACAGCUACAACGACCUGCAGUUGGACUUCAGUAAUAAGAAUCACGCAUUCAGCUUGGACAACGUCAGCUACAUCACCAAAGAUCAUGGUGGGAGUACAGGACAACAAAGUCCUGUCAGUUCGGAAGCGGCGACUACUGCUCGCGCCUCCAGCAUAGCCGGAAAUCAUGCCGAGUCGAACAUCCAUUCUCUGCGCCGUUCCACCCUGGGUCGCAAGAACGUUAACACGAGCAACACGAACACCCUGAACAACCACGACACGCCCGUCCUGAAUCCGCUCUAUAAUCAUACCGGCGAUCUACUCAGCCCGAGUCCAUCGAACGAUAACGUCACGUUCAAAGAGAGGAAAGACUAUUCCCACCUUGGAUUCACGUAUCUGGGUGAUCAGAGUCCCGUAGAAACGACCACGGAGUUGUAAAGGAAAUUACGUCAUUUAUUAGUCAACUCCUGACUCGGUGCAGCCCGUCCUUGUAUGCCGGAGUAACGAACUGUUCAGCGGCCGUUAGGGUCAGCAGGUCGUGAACAUUGUGCCAAGUGUGCUGAGAGACACGUCACGGAUCAGGCUCGUGAAAAAGAUAUUUAAUAUCUUUAAGCUAAAAGUCAUUAAGAGACGACCCCUCGAAUAAAUUUUGAUAAACGUCGACCGAUCGAAAACGUAUAACAGGGGGACACUCGUAUUCGCGCGUUUCUUCGGUCGCAUCGAUGAAAUUGAAAACGCGCAUGGAAUUCGCGAUCCUACGUGAUUCUUGUUUCAAUCCUAUAGCUGCAAUACGCACAAUGGGAAAUUCCGUUAACGUGCAACGAAUGCUCAUGUAUACCGUGACGACACGUGUCGAGAGAAUCGUGAAAGUGUAUCUUACAGUGACUGUCGUAUGUACACAAAGUUCAAAUACGUCACAGCAUAUGUGAGAAUAUGCGAUAAAAUAGCGUGGACUGGAAAAAAUGAUAAUUCAAACGAACCGUUCAAUUUUUCAAAGCGACGCGGUCAACGAAUACUCGAAAUUGUAAUUGACGUAACGAUCAACGCGAUUCACGCCAAUUUACAAUAGGACGUGUAUACUGAAACGUCCGCAGCCGUCCAAUAAUGAAUAGCUAGACUUAAGGAAUUUUAUAACGACCCCGAUUCCGUGAAUUUUAAGCGAGCCACGAUUGACUUUUUGUAAAUGAUCGUCACUGCAUUAAUGAUGUAUUAUAUUAUUACGUUUUAUUUAUACCAUUGCGUUUGCUCAUAUUAAAUCUAGUUACUCGAUAACGUCACGUAUGAACGCGUGUACCUGGUAAAGCGCGAGGAGACGGUACGGGUGAUGUUGAGUGAAAAGGAAAAUUGUAUUAUUUAAAUUGGCAAAAAUUCUACUACCAGACGCUUGUUGCCGUUGACUUGAUUUUUAAAAUGAAGGCAAAUCAGGGCCAAUGCGAAAUAACCAAUGAAUCGUCCUGACCCAUAUGCUGGCGUCUGUACAGGAGUACACUGACCAGCUCAACAUUUCAGCGGGAAUUUCAAAGGUAUCAUCCCAAGAGAUCACUUGGGUGAUGCAUAGGCCGGCAUCAGUGCAGUGAAUCGAACGAAGAAUGUAUACGAGAUAAAUCUCUAGUAUCUUCGUGGUACAUUCUUCGUAUAUAAAUGAUAUAGAUAUAUCCGAGGCGUAAUAUAUUGUUCCACGUAAAUCUACGUAAUCCGCGUGGUGCGACUUUUACGAUAAAUUUUUUCUUUUUAUAUAUACGUAUAUAUAUAUAUAUCUCGUUAGAUUAAAUCAUCGUAUUAUCUAGUCGCGCGGUUGAGCAUUUAAUUUUUUCAUAAUUGUCAUUGCGUCGCGCGCAAGUCGAUGCAAAAUACGAAUUAUUUCGUACGUGUGUCGCGUAUAAUAAUAUUACGUCCGUUUUUGCUAUACUUAAAUAUACUACCGGGUGUUUUAGAUAGAAAGAGGAAAAAAAAAAAAAGAGCGAUACCUUCCUACAGGGAUAAACAAUUUUACGUAAUACCAGAGUUUUUCCAAAUUUUUCUAAUCAUGGAAAAAUGGAUACCGUGGUCCAUGACGUAAUUUUGUUCGCCAGUCAAUAUAAUUUUACGAAAAUAAAUUUUCUCGGCCCCUUACACCACAGCCUCUGCCCUACCCCUUUACUUGCGGUUGAAUAAUAUUUAAGAGAAUGCAAAUGUGAAGAUUCUUGUAUAAAAGAAAAGAGAGAGAGAGAGAGAACACUUGUUGAUACCUAAUAAUAAAUUUAUUAUAUUUAAUUAA